AUGAACCCUGAUGGAAUAAUCAGCGAGAAGCUUUUAGACGGUACCAUUCCAAGAAUCGAGGAAUUCUCGGAAGAAAAUGAGAAGGGACAGGAAUUAAAGGGGAUUGAACUGAUAAAGAGUCCAGGGAAUGGCAAGGUGCUUUCUAGAGACUCCGAAAAACACUUUGGAAAGGAGGUCCUAGCCAAGAAGAAGAGGGAGGGUGGGAAGAUCUUGAGGGAGGUGACAGACGAUGGUGAUAUUCGACUGCGAAAUCCCCGACCCCAGAUCAUCUUUGACACGACCCCCUUUCUCUCCUUGUUUCCAAGUCCUCCGUCUUCGUCUCGUGAAAAGAAGGUCCUAUUGUCUCGGAAGAGGAUCGGUCGGAAAGGAAAGGAUCUGGAUCGAGAUGACUGGACCCACGUCUCCCACCUCAUGCCUCUCAAUACCAAUGCUGCUAAUCCUCACCAUGACAACGGGGAUCAAAGAGACGAUGAUUACGAUGACGAUGAUAGUGCGUUCCGCCAAGGACGAAGGAGAAUCGAUGGAAGGAGAGAAAUUGAAAGGGAUGAGAGUCUGGAUGAUAUGAUUGAUGUGUCUCGUCUCAUGCCCCUCUUCACCAGCAUUCAUAAUCGGAACCACAUAGUUCGGCAGGUUCACGAUGGUCAGCCUCGGGUUCCUUCUCCAGAAGCCAUUGGCAGAGAAAGACAACAGCAGCAGCAGCAUCGUCGUAAUCGUGGUCAGCAGGACCAUCUCCUUGAACUUGGAUCCUUACGUCCGCGUGAAGUUGUCCAGGAGAAACAGCUGAAGCUUCUGUCGGAGAUGGAAGGAGAGAAACAGGAGUUGGAGGACUAUGCUAUGAGAAGGCCCGUGAAUCAAGUGCCCAGAAGAAACUCUUCGGAUCCCCUCAGUCGCAUCAUUCUCGGUCGUGAACGUGGUCUCGGACGUGGACGCGGGUCAUCCGGCUCCAGGCCUGGCGUCGAAGGCCAGCGGCUUAGACCUGACACUCAAGGACAGAGGCCUGGACCUGACACUCAAGGACAGAGGCCUAGGCUUGUCGGCUUCCGCGGCUUCAUCAGGGCGAGGCCCACCACCACCCCCACUACCUUUAAUUCUUCUCUUUCCCUAUCGAGGCAAGAUGGAAUAACGACGACUGGUCCCUCCACGACCAAAGCCUCAGUUUGGGAUCGGAGAAAGGGCUUCUUCUCCACGAGGACAAGGACGCAGACAAGGAAACCUAAAGGGGAAGCAGACAAAGCAAGAACAUCCCCAUCCCCCCCUCCGAGUGUUCUUGAACCUCAGGGGGUCUCGACUCGGAAUCGCCUCUUUGGAGGCAGAAGCAGAAGCUCCAUCCCCACCAAAGCCGGGAAAGUGCCUUCCAUUCCAUUCCUGAAUCGAUCAGAGCCUCCAGUGGAUCCAUCUAUCCGAUUGAAGGAGUUCCUGCGUAAGAGAAACAACGGGCAGGCUUGUUACAAGCACGUCCGUGACCUCUGCUCCACCCACACUAGGUCUCUCAUCAUCUACAACUAUGAUGACGCAUAA